AUGAGCUUCUCGCUCACAUUCUCGGAGCUGGUCAACAUCGCCAGCCCACAGUGCGGGGUGGUGAACUUCAAGGCCCUGCACCUCCUGCUCCAGGGUAUCCUGGAGCACAUCCACAUGGCUGACCUUGAGAAGGUCCUCUCAGGGGAUGAGGACUUCCUCCACACCUCACCAGCCAUGUUCAUGCCCCGGGAAGGAGACUCCCAGCCCAUCCUUAACCCCAUGAAGAGGCUCGGCAACGUCUUCGACCACCUGAUGAGCCGUGUGGACAAGAUGGAGAGCCAGCUGGCCAUGCUGCGGGAACUGCCCUCCACCUCCCAGCUGCUGGAGGGCAGCCAGGGCACUGGCCAGCCCGCCCAAGACUUGUGGAACCUGAUAAAGCUCUGUAAGAUAGUGGAGGGCAAUGAGGAAGCCAUGGCCAAGGAUGAAGAACUUGAGAGAAUUUGGGGCCACCAGAUAGAGAUGAUAAAGGACCACUACCUCAUGCUGGACAGGGCAGUGGACAAGCUCCAGAUUCGCCUGGAUGAGUUUAAGGUUGUCCAUUUUCAGAUUAAAAACCUAGAAAUGUACAAGGAAGACAAAAGUGCGAUGGAGCAGGAGCUGAAAGAGAAAGCCGACAGGCGCUCCCUGGCAGGCAAGGGAAGCCGGGCUGACCUGGACGCAGUGGCGAUGGAGCUGAAUGAGACAAUUCAGGGCAUGCUGUUCAGGGUUAUGGCCAAUGAGGAUGACUGGGAGAAGACUGUGGAGCAGCUGGACAAAGGCCUACGCACCAAGGUCAGCACUGUUCAGUGCGAGAGGGGACCAUAUGGGGGUGUGAAUACCAAGAGGCAACUCAUCACCAUCCGCAGUGCCUGCCUGCUGUCGCGGCUGCAGCCGGCCAGCACCAACAGCUACGAGUACCUGCAGCGGCAACAGGUGAGGGAACAGCAGCGGCUGCAGAAGCUCCAGAACCUUGCAGCCCUGGAGGGGAGCCUGGACUCACUGGGCUCCCAGCAGAACUGGGGUGACGGCACCGGAAAUGACACCAACCUUGAUUUCAAAUCAUGUAACUUGUCGACAGUCUACCCCUACGGGGACCCCGAGUUGUUGGACUAUGACUCCAUGAGUCAGGCUGCAGCCCCUGGCGCCGAGGUGGACAUCCUGGGAGCGGACGGGAUCCUGUACAAGGGCCGAAUGAACAGCAAGGACAGGGCGCAGCCUCUGACCGGCGCAGAGAAGGAGCUGGCAGCUGUUAAGGUUCCGCAUCCCCCAGCUCAAAGCCCAUAUGAGGGUGCGCGCCCGAGUGCCUUAUUUGUUGCCAUCUACCCCUGUGAGUACCUGCCCCCCAACUCCCUGGCCCAGCUGGGAUUCUGGCAGGGUCUCUGGGCCCCCCGUCCCAGCCUGGGGCUCUCCUACCCCACCUCAUCCAUAUCUCACCUGCCCUACCCGGACCUGGGCCAGAGAAGAUCCCUCGAGUGGCCCCCACCUGGCACCCAGCACCCUGGCCGGGGCCUCCAGCCAUCCUGGGCUUCAGCUUUACCCUUCAGCCAGCAGCCUGCCCCCCCGCACCAGCAGGGGCUCAGCCACCCCAGGCCCCCAGCCGACAUGCCAGCUCAGCCUCCGUCUCUGCCUCCCCUGCCACUGCUGCCACAGCUGAUGCCAUCCCUGCAGGAUCCCCAGCCGGCCCCAGGGCCUCUGCGCCUCGAGUCCCGAGCUGGCAUGCAGUCCACCAAGGAGCCCACCAAGCUGUGA